AAAUUAACGUGCAUAGGCCAUUAUGUUGUAGAUGAUCUCUAUUAAUAAUGGUAAAACGGAAAUAAGAGAACAUAAACCAAGCCAUUUUAGGUUUUUGUUUAAAAAAUACUGUAGUUUAACGCAGUGUUUUUAAGCUUUAUGUGACUUUUAUUUUGCUCAUUAUUUCUUACCGAUUGAAAGCGUUACUGCAUUAGCAGUGUUGCUAAUGAUAGAGCAAUAAUGUCCGCAUUAGACAGAGUAAAAGUGUUAGUGUUGGGGGAUUCUGGUGUUGGAAAAUCAUCUUUAGUUCAUCUGUUAUGCCAUAACCAAGUGUUGGGAAAUCCUUCAUGGACAGUCGGCUGUUCGGUGGAUGUCCGGGUACAUGACUACAAAGAGGGCACACCAGAAGAGAAGACCUAUUAUAUUGAACUGUGGGAUGUUGGGGGUUCCGUGGGUAGUGCUAGCAGUGUUAAAAGCACAAGAGCAGUUUUCUACAAUUCAGUUAAUGGCAUUAUUUUAGUCCAUGAUCUUACCAACAAGAAAUCCUCCCAGAAUCUGUAUCGCUGGUCAAUGGAAGCACUUAACAAAGACUCAUCUCCUACAGGGGUCAUUGUGUCAAAUGGGGAUUAUGACAGAGAGCAGUUUGUGGAUAACCCCAUCCCACUUCUGCUUAUCGGCACCAAGUACGAUCAGAUCCCUGAAAACAAGCGCAAUGAUGUACUGAGUCGCACCGCCUUUCUGUCUGAAGAUUUUAAUGCAGAGGAGAUCAACUUGGACUCCACAAAUCCACGGUAUUUUGCUGCUGGCUCAUCUAAUGCUGUAAAACUAAGCAGAUUUUUUGACAAGGUUAUAGAGAAGAGAUACUUCAGCAGAGAUUUGAAUCAGGUAAGUGUUUGCUCUUGGCUUUACUGUGUAACAUUUGAACUUUUUAUCUGUGUAGCCUACGGUUGCAAAAACAGCUUUUCAUGCACAGCAUCAGUACAACAGUGUGCUGGUUUAAUCAACUUUAAUUAUUUCAUCUCAAGUCAUCAACCACAGGUAAAAAACAUCUGAUAUUGUAGUGCUAUGUAAAGGUCUUUAUUUGUGUUCCGUGUCUUGCCAUGUUGCAGAUGGCUGGCUUUACAGACAGGAAACGCUUCAACUUCAAGAGCCUUCAUUAUGAUUGAGUGUGUACAGAUAUCAUAGAGACUUGUGACUUUUAACCCACCACCUCUAUACACCUCUGUGUUAGACCGGUAACCCAGUGCAGGUUUUCCUGAAAAGGUUUUAAAAGAAACAUCACAGAAAAGACCAAUAAACAAAAUCUUAUUACCUUUACUUCAAAAUCAAAAGAGUAAUAAAAUAAAAAUUGAUUUUGGAUGGUUUUUUUUUUUUUACGUUUUACUCACGCACCCAAACAAUCAUCAUCUGGUCAUUAUUUUCCCACAGAUGGAUUUGGGUUGAUGUGUAAAACAUUUGGGCAGUUAGUUAUCACUAUUUUCAUUUGUUUAUCCAGAGUCUCACAUAAAUUAUAUAAAUUAUGUAAAAUAGCAGCUUAAUGUUUGCCCCAUUGCUGACAUUGUAAAUAAUUUGUCUUUCACAUAAAUAUUUUUCAUUAUUCUUUGUAAUUUAAAUAAUUUUUGAAAAGUGUGCUUAUUUGCUAUAUUAGCAAGCUCAGAAUGUUGUACUUAUGUUUACUUGCAGCAUCAGUUCGAUGAAUAAAGAAAGCUUG